GUUUGUAUUUUGGGAUGAAUCUGAUUGGAUACUCUGAACUUUUUAUGUUAUGUAGGGAAGUUGAAUGGGAUAGAGCUUUCAAUUUUUUUGGAUAAUUUGGACUUCUUGACUGCUUGCAUCCAGAAAACAAAUGGGAAGUUGAAUGGGAUAGAGCUUUCAAUUUUUCGGAUAAUUUGGACUUCUUGACUGCUUGCAUCCAGAAAACAAAUGGUAUGAGCUCCGAUGUGAAUUUGUAUUAGCUUAAUGAUGUUUUGUAAAUUUUUGAAUCGGUUUAUAGUUUGUUCAGUGUAUCCAAUCAGAUUCCCAUAUCAAUUGAUUAAUAUUUUCGGUUUUGUAAGUUUGUGAAUCCGUUAACAGUUCGUUUAGUGGCUUUGAUUAUUUGACAUUUCACGUAUCAGUUGAUUAAUGCUUUCUGUUUUGCAAAUAUGUAAAACUGUUUACAGGUCAGUGGCUUAGAUUAUUUUACACUUCACGUUGCACUGUUUUGUAAAUCUAUUGACCAUCUGUUUACAGUUUGUUCAGCGGUUUUCAGGUUCUUUUGAAUGGCAUGUAUCAUACUGGUAGCCAACAUCCGACAACUGUUGCUUCCUGAGCUCCAUCCCUUUUGAAACUUAAUGGCAACCAGCGACAACAAAUGACCCAUGGAGAUGAUGAUGAAUCACACAAUAAAAAAAAGCUCAUAAUCAAGACUUUCAACAGCAUCAAACAAGGAAUCGGUGGUUAUGGAUCCAGAGACGACGUUCUUAGCUCUGUACAAUCUGCCCUAAAACUUUCAUGGAUUCAAAUGCUAUGUACAAUCUGCCCUAACUUGUGCUUCGCGCCUAUUAAGUAUCAAUAUGCAAAUUACACGAAUCCUAAUUACAAGGUAACAGGAGAAGCAUCAUUAAAGCUUCAGUUAAUCAACCAAAGAUCCGACUUCGCCUUUGCAUUAUUCACAGGAGGAUUAUCAACUCCAGCUCUGGUGGCAGUUUCAAAUACAGUUGCUUUUGAGAACCCAAAUGCACCAGUUUUGUAA